CCUGCCCACCCUUGUUUUUCAGCCUCAGCCCCUCAGUUCCAGUCCCCAUAGACUCCCUUCUGCAAUGCAAAGAGACCGCCGGCCGCACUGAAACUACCACCACCACCUUACCGCUCGUUAUUGCCCCCCGUCCCGUCCCAUCCCAUCCCCAGCUCUGUCCUAAAGUCCACCAGAUGAUCUAGCUGGAAACACCACCAGCGCCAACAGCCUUCGUUCAUUUGGAUUAUAUGGCGGAGGAGACGGACAAGGAGCCCCACCAUUUGUACACGAGUGGUGUUUGACGGGAAAAAAACAACAACAGACAAACAAAAAAGGGGAUUUAAAAGACACAACUAAAAGAAAAACAAGAGCGAGCUCCCAGAGAAAUCUGGCCUCUGCCCUGCUGCCACCACCUGACAUCUCAGUGGAGUUUCGGCUGAAGUAAACCUCCAUUUCCAAUAUGCCCGGCCCAGCACGAAAAGGUGCAGAAGCGGAGUCUAGGAAGGAGGCGGCCCCCAAAGGCAAUGGCAUCCUCCAGAUGUUGAGCACGCAGGCCCAAUGGGUCAUGGUCAUCACCCUCCUCCUCUCCUGGUGUGCUGUGGGCGUCUACCUCUUCGACUUUGUGGACGAUGAGGACGUAGAAGCCCUGUACGCAGUAAGCACAGAUCCCCUGGCGGCACUGGGCGUGGUUGCCGACACGAUGGGUCAUGGCUCAAGCAAGAUCAUAUCAAGAAUGUCAGGUGCUGUACUCAACAUACCAGGGAGUAUACGGAACUCGGAAUACCUGAAGUCUAGCGGUCUAUUAAUGGAGGGCAUACGGGACGCGGUGAAGGACUUUGUCCUCUUCUUCUUUGAACUCUUUGAAGAUACAAUCUAUGUCGUGACCUACUACCCAGACAGGAUUUUAACCGGAACAGUGGAUGCCAUCAAAUACGUGGCAAGCUUUGUGCCUACAGAGAAUCCCUUCAGUCUGAAUUCUGUGAAGUCCUGUUUGAAGCUGUUCAUAUACAUACAAGAUGGGGUGCAGGGGGCUGUCAGCUAUAUAUUCAACCUCUUUGAAGGGGCCAUACACAUGGUGGUGUACUACCCAGACAAGAUAUUAGGUGGAACGGCAGACAUAGUCAAAUCUGCAGGAGGCAUGAUCCCUCAAGGUAACCCAGCUGACCUCUUCACUCUGGAUUUCCUGAAGUCUGGUGGCAUGGUGUUGGAGGGCAUACGAGGGGGAGUGCAGGGUGUGGUCGGAUAUGUGUUUGACAUCUUCCAAGGUACAGUUGGCAUUGUAGAAUGCUGCACUGACACUGUGUUGUCAGGAGUUUUCGGUGGGAUCCAAACCGUGUCAGGCGUUCUUGCUGUUCCCAAAGGGUGGAUAUCAGAAAAUAUGAAUAUUAACCCACUGAACGCCGUCACUUAUGCCACAGAGGGAUUCCUCAGCUUCAACCAGAACGUCUUUGACUAUGUCACCAGUUAUUUCUACAGCAGUGAAGAAUUUGAUCCGAUGAAAGUUGUGAGUAAGGCCGUGGAUGACCUUUCGGCCCGGAGGAAAAGGUUUUUGAUCUACCUGUCCAACCUUUUGAUGGAAGAGAAAGAUGAUGGACCCCCCAUGGUAAGGAGGAAAGGAGAAUUUUUGCCGCCACUGGAAAAAGUUGCAGAGAUACUGGGAACAAAGCAGCAGCAGGUAGAGAAGAUGAAGGUGAAGCUGGCUACCGCCACCUGGCCAGAGCACAUCCUGGGUGAUGAUGAUGAUGAUGAUGAUGAUGAUGAUGAUGAUGAAGAAGAACCAAUCACAGGUUACCAUGGCAAGCAGGAACAGGAAGUACUAAACCAGGCAGAAGGAGAUGACAUCACACAAGAAGCUGAAGCUGACUCUGAAGACACUGAGGAAUCAUCUCACACUGACAGCACUGAAGAAGAUGAUGAAGAUGAUGAUGACCAAGAGGAAGAGAUGGACAAAGCUCAACUAGCAACUCAAGAUGAGGACGAUGACGAUGAUCGUGAUGAUGACGAGGAAGACACUGAGGAGACACCUGACACUGACAACACAGAAGGAGACGAUGAUGAAGAAGAGAUGGUCGAAAAUGAACAGGAGAGUGAAGAUGAUGAUGAUGAUGAUGAUGAUGAUGAUGAUAGUGAUAUUGAGACUGACACAGACGAAGAAGUCACAGAGGACAUGGCAACAGCUGAGGAAGAGGAUGGCACUGAAGACGAAGAGUCUGAAGAGGAGGAGGAGGAGGAGGAGGAGGAGAAUAAUGACAUCAGUGAUGAUAUUUCAACCAGCGAGGAUGACGCUGAAGCAGAGUUCAUUCUUGAUGCUCAGCCUGACAUUGCUGUCUCUGAGCCAGUCGACUCCAUCGACAUUGAAAUAAGUGAAGACGAGGCUGAGAUUGAGCCUGCUGUGGACACUGAUGGCUUCGAAUCAUUCAACUCUGACAGUUCCGAGAUAGGUGCAGAUGAAUUUGAACUUGAUGCAUCUGAACCGACUGACCCUGACCAUCCAGAAACACCAGAUGAAGAACCUGAAGACGCAGCAGACGAGGCUGAAGAGCAGGACACAAUUGAUAGUGACAUACUUGGAUAUGAAACUGAUGCAGAUGAUUCAGGCAUAUCUGAGGAUGAGAAUGAUUAUGAAGGCAUGCAGGAGGAGGAGGAGGAGGAGGAGGAAGACAAAGAGGAUUCUGCAGACUUAGACAAUUUGCACAUUAGUGAAGAUGAAGGCGAUAAUGCUGCACCUGAACAUGAUGAUGAGAAUGAGGAUGAUUCUGAGGAUGAUAAUGGUGAAGACUUGACAACGUUGCAUAUUUCUUUCCCUGAGACUGUAGAUGAUGAGUUCAGUCAUGAGACAGAGAGUGAUCAUGGGGAAAUCAUAUCUGAACUUUCAGACAAAGAUUCCAGAGAAGAUGAUGCUGCUGCUGAUGAUGAUGAUGGCAAUGAUGAUACAGAACUCAGCAUGGAUAGCUCUGAAGAGCAGCUCACAACUGAUAGAUCACUUUCCGAGCAAGACAAGAUCAACUCAGAUCCAUUUGACAUAGAUCAAGCUUUCCUAAUCCUCACAGACCAGAUUCAAGAGUCCAGCAUCACUGCCAUUGAAACACCAGAGACUGAUAAUGAGCCUGACAACCUCAUCAUCGCAGAGAUUCCUGACAAUCACAUUGAGGAAGAAGGCUCCAUCAUGGAUGAUGAUGACAGUCCAACUGAGGAAGAAGGCUCCAUCUUAGUUGACAAUGACGACGAGAACAACAACAACAAUGAGAUCAGGAGAAGCAGAGGCGAGGUUGAGCUCUGGAGACUCGCAAGGCAGCUCCAUGACAACAGAGUAGCACGCCGCGCCAAUAAAAAAGUUAUUGAACAAGAAAAGCUCACCAAACAGCAGAAGGCAAGAGAAGAAGUAUUCAAUUUCAUUCAAGAAUUAAAAGCCACCGAAGCUGAAAAAGAGGCAGCUAUGCUAAGAGUUCAGGAAAGAGAGGAGUCCGAGGCAGAGGAGGAAGAGAAAACAAUUGAAACGGAGAAACUGCCUGAAACGGAAAUAACACCUGAACCACUGGAUACCAAAGUGGCUGAAGAAGCCGAGCUAAAGCCCGAAGAAGAGCCAGUCACACCUGCGGCAGAGCCAACACCUGAACCAGCAGUCACACCUAAGACAGAGCCAACUCCCGAACCAGCGGUCACACCUGUGACAGAGUCGAUCACACCUGAAUCAGCAGUGGAAGAUGCAGAGGAAGCACUGGAUGCGGAAGCUAAAGUCAGCAAGAAACGCUGGAAAAAAGUGGAGGGCUUAGUGGAAGAAGAAGCAGAACCAGCAGUGGAAGAAGUGAUUGAGGAACCAGCCGAUGCAGAAGCUAAAAUAUCAAGUAAACGCUGGAAAAAGGUGGAGGGCUUACAGGACAUAACACCAGAAGAACCUGUCACACCUGAAGCUACACUGGAAGAAGUGAUUGAGGAACCAGCCGAUGCAGAAGCUAAAGUCUCCAGUAAACGCUGGAAAAAGGUGGAGGGCUUACAGGAGAUAACACCCGAAGAAGCAGAAGAGCCCAUCACACCUGAAGCUACACUGGAAGAAGUGGUUGAGGACCCAGCCGAUGCAGAAGCUAAAGUCUCCAGUAAACGCUGGAAAAAAGUGGAGGGCUUACAGGACAUAACGCCAGAAGAACCUGUCACACCUGAAGCUAUACUGGAAGAAGUGACUGAGGAACCAGCCGAUGCAGAAGCUAAAGUCUCAAGUAAACGCUGGAAAAAAGUGGAGGGCUUACAAGACAUAACACCCGAAGAACCUGUCACACCUGAAGCUACAAUGGAAGAAGUGACUGAGGAACCAGCCGAUGCAGAAGCUAAAGUCUCAAGUAAACGCUGGAAAAAAGUGGAGGGCUUACAGGACAUAACACCCGAAGAGCCUGUCACACCUGAAGCUACACUGGAAGAAGUGAUUGAGGAACCAGCCGAUGCAGAAGCUAAAGUAUCAAGUAAACGCUGGAAAAAGGUUGAGGAUUUACAGGACAUAACACCCAAAGAAGAACCUGUCACACCUGAGCCUGCACCGGAGGAAGUGACUGAGGAACCAGCCGAUGUGGAAGCUAAAGUCUCUAGUAAACGCUGGAAAAAAGUGGAAGGCUUACAGGAGAUAAAGGAAGAAGAGCCUGCACCUCCCCCUGUACCAGUAAAAGAAAGAACUGAAGCAGAACCCAUAAAGAAAGAACCUAAGCAAGAGCCUACAAAGAAACCAACCAAGACAAAACCUGCUCCAGUGAAGGAGCAAGCAAAGUUGAUAUCUGAAAAGGAAACGCCCCAGCCUGAACCUGAAAAGGAAAAGGCUGUGAAGAAAACUGUAAAAGAACCUGCCAAGCCUGCCCCUGAGAAGGAAAAGGCAAAGGCAGAAGUUACUAAAGAAAAAGCUAAGCGUGAACCUCCAAAGGAUGACAUUAAGAUAAUAGAAAAAACCAAGGCUGAACCAGCCAAGGCUAAGCCUGAAACUGCUGAGAAGAAAGCCAAACCUGAAGCAGCAAAGGAGAAAGCUAAGCCUGAACCUGCGAAGGAGAAAGCCAAGCCUGAAGCCGCAAAGAAGGUUAAGCUGGAAACUGAGAAAGAGAAGGCUAAACCAGAACCUGUGAAAGAGAAAGCCAAAAUGGAAGCUGUGAAGGAGAAGGUCAAGCCAGAACCUGUAACGGUGAAGGCUAAGAUGGAAUCAGUGAAGGAAAAGGUUAAGGUAGAACCUGCAAAGGAAAAGGCUGAACCAGAACCUGUGAAAGAGAAAGCUAAACUGGAACCAGCAAAGAAGGCCAAGCCAGAAACUGUGAAGGAGAAGGCUAAGCCUGAACCGGCAAAGAAAAAGGCUGUGGCAGAACCUGUCAAAGAGAAACUAAAGCAAGAACCUCCAAAGGAGAAGGCUAAGAAAGAACCUGAACCUGUGAAGGAAAAGGCUAAGAUAGAACCAUCAAAGGAAAAGGCCAAACCUGAGGCUGUAAAGGAGAAGGCGAAGCCAGAAACUCUGGCUAAAGUAGUACCACCAGUGGAGAAGGCUAAACCCGAACAACCAAAGAAAAAGGCUGAGCCAGAACAUGCAAAGGAGAAGGCUGAAAAAGAAGCUGAACCUUUGAAAGAGAAGGCUAAACUAGCGCCACCAGUGAAAAAGGCUAAACCCGAACCACCAAAGAAAAAGGCUGAGCCAGAACCUGCAAAGGAGAAGGCUAAAAAGGAGCCUGAACCAGUGAAGAAGAAGGCUGAGCCAGCUAAGCCUAAGAAAGAACCUGAGCCUGUGAAGGAAAAAGCUACUCCAGAACCACCAAAGGAGAGGGCUAAGUCUGAAGCAGCCAAGAAGAAGCCAGAGCCAGAACCCGUAAAUGAGAAAAUAAAGCCUGAACCAGCAAAGGAGAAGGCUAAAAAAGAGCCUGAACCUUCAAAGGAGAAAGGUAAACUAGAACCAGCAAAGAAGAAGGCUGAGCCCAAACCUGCUAAGGAAGAGGCUAAAAAAGAACCUGAACCACCAAAGGAAAAGGCUAAGCUGGAGCCUGUAAAGGAGAAGGCUAAAAAAGAACCAGAGCCUGUUAAGGAGAAAGCUAAGCCUGAACCGCCAAAGAAAAAGGCUGAGCCAGAACCUGUAAAGGAGAAACCUACGCCUGAACCUGUAAAGGAGAAGGUUAAAAAAGAAGAACCACCAAAGAAGAACGCUAAGCCUGAACCUGUGAAGGAGAAGGCCAAGCCUGAGCCUGCAAAGAAAAAGGCUGAGCCAGAACCUGUGAAGGAAAAGGCUAAAGCUGAGCCAGCAAAGAAGAAAGCUGAGCCAGAACCUGUAAAGGAGAAACCUAAGCCUGAACCAGUGAAGGAAAAGGCUAAAAAGGAAGCUGAACCCGUGACGGUGAAGGCUAAACCAGAACCGCCAAAAGAGAAAGCUAAACUAGAACUAGCAAAGGCGAAGGCUGAACCCAAACUCGUUAAGGAGGAGGCUAAAAAAGUACCCGAGGCCGUGAAGGAUAAAGCGACUCCAGAACCACCAAAGGAGAAAGCUAAGCCUGAACCUGUGAAGGAGAAGGCUAAAAAGGAACCUGCUCCUGUGAAGGAGAAAGCUAAACCUGAACCACAGAAGGAAAAAGCUAAGCCUGAAGCACUUAAGGAGAAGGCCAAGCCUGAACCUGCAAAGAAAAAGGCUGAGCCAGAACCCGUAAAGGAGACACCUACGCCAAAACCUGUUAAGGAGAAGACAGUAAAAGAAGAACCACCAAAGAAGAAAGCUAAGCCAGAGCCUGUGAAGGAGAAGGCCAAGCCCGAACCACCAAAGAAAAAGGCUGAGCCAGAACCUGUGAAGGAAAAGGCUAAAGCUGAACCUGUGAAGGAAAAGGCUAAGCCUGAACCAGUUAAGGAGAAGGCUAAGCCUGAACCAGUUAAGGAGAAGGCUAAGCCUGAACCAGUUAAGGAGAAGGCUAAGCCUGAACCAGCUAAAAAGAAGGCUGAGCCUGAACCAGCUAAAAAGAAGGCUGAGCCUGAACCUGCCAAGCAGAAAGCUAAAGCUGAACCAGCAAAGGAGAAAGUUAAGCCUGAACCAGCGAAGAGAAAGGCUGAGCCUGAACCUAAAAAAGAAGAACCACCAAUGAAAAAGGCUAAGCCAGAACCUGUGAAGGAGAAGCCUAAAGCUGAGCCAGCGAAGAAGAAAGCUGAGCCAGAGCCCGUAAAGGAUAAACCUAAGCCUGAACCUGUAAAGGAGAGGGUUAAAACAGAAGAACCACCAAAGAAGAAAUCUAAGCUUGAGCCUGUGAAGGAGAAGGCCAAGCCUGAGCCUGCAAAGAAAAAGGCCGAGCCAGAACCUGUGAAGGAAAAGGCUAAAGCUGAACCUGUAAAGGAGAAGGCUAAAGCUGAACCUAAAAAGAAGGCUGAGCCUGAACCAGCUAAAAAGAAGGCUGAGCCUGAACCAGCUAAAAAGAAGGCUGAGCCUGAACCAGCUAAAAAGAAGGCUGAGCCAGAACCAGCUAAAAAGAAGGCUGAGCCUGAACCAGCUAAAAAGAAGGCUGAGCCAGAACCAGCUAAAAAGAAGGCUGAGCCAGAACCAGCUAAAAAGAAGGCUGAGCCAGAACCAGCUAAAAAGAAGGCUGAGCCAGAACCUGCCAAGGAGAAACCUAAGCCAAUGGCUGUGAAGGAGAAAGCCGUCCUUGUUAAGGAGAAGGCUAAGCCACAACCAGCUCCUGUGAAGGAUAAGGCAAAGGUAGAACCUGUGAAGGAGAAGGCCAAGCCCGAACCAAAGGAAAAAGCUAAACCAGCUAAACAAAUAAAGGAAGCCGAAGUUGUGAAGGAGAAGGCCAAACCAGUGGCACCUGUCAAAGAACCAGUGGCUAAAAAGGAAAAAGUCAAACCACUACCAAGAAGAGUCUUUGCUAUACCAAGAGUGGCUCCAACAAAAACAGAACUUGAAUCUCUGAAGAAUAUCACCAAACCAGUACCUGCAAAGAAAGAACUGGCAUCUCUGAAGAAUAUCACCAGACCAGUACCUGCAAGGAAAGAGCCAGAACCUCCCAAGGAGAAGGCCAAACCUGCUAAAAAAGCUGAACCUGAGAUUCCAAAGAGCAAAGUCAAACCAGCCGAACCUGAGGUGUCAAAGGAAAAGGCCAAACCAGCCAAGAAGGAACCUGAUGUUCCAAAGGAGAAAGACAAGCCAGCAGAGCCUAAGGUUCGAAAGGAAAAGGCUAAAUUGGCAGUAAAAGAACAACCUCCAAAGAAAAAGGAUGUACCUGCUAAAAAAGAGCCUGAACCUGUAAUGGAGAAGGCCAAACCAGCUAAGAAAGAACCCAAGGUUCCAAAGGAGAAAGCUGAACCAAUAUCCAAAGGGCUUAAACCUCCAACGAAAACAGAUGAACAUGCUGAAAAAGAACCUGAGGUACCAAAGGAGAAAAAGGCUACCAAGCCAGUCCUUAAAGAGCCUGAACCUGCAAAGGAAAAGGCCAGACCAGCUAAGAAAGAGCUUAAACCUCCAAAGAAAAAAGAUGAACCUGCUAGAAAAGAGCCUGAACCUGUAAUGGAGAAGGCAAAACCAGCUAAGAAAGAACCUGAGGUACCAAAGGAGAAAAAGGCUGCCAAGCCUGUGCUAAAAGAGCCUGAACCUGCAAAGGAAAAGGCCAAACCGGCUAAGAAAGAACCUGAGGUACCAAAGGAGAAAAAGGCUGCCAAGCCAGUCCUAAAAGAGCCUGAACCUGCAAAGGAAAAGGCCAAACCAGCUAAGAAAGAACCUGAGGUUCCAAAGGAGAAAGCUGAAACAAUCUCUAAAGAACCUAAAGUUUCUAAGAGAAAACCUAAACCAGCCGAGGAAGAAAUUUCCGUUUGUGUAUGCAAACCUGAAGCUCCGAAGGAAGAUAAACCCAUAGAAAAAGAGCCUGAGGUUCCUAAGAUGAAAGCCAAACCUAUGGUGGAGAAGAAAGAACCAGAAGCUCCAAAGGUGAAGGCCAAGCCAGCACCAGCGGUCAAAGCAGCACCAGAGCCACCAAAAGAGAGGGCUAAGCCAGCUAAGAAAGAACCCGAGGCUCCAAAAGAAAAAGUAAAAGCUGAACCACCAAAGAAAGAAAUUGAUUCUCUGAAAAAUAUUUCAAAAGUGGCCCUGGCACAGACAGAACUCAAGGAGAAAGCUAAACCAGCCAAGAAAGAAAUAGUGGUGUUGAAAGAGAAACCAAAGGUUCUUCCAGUCAUCACAGAAGCUAAGGUUCCAAAGAAGGCUAAGCCUGCCAAGAAAGAGCCAGAGGCUGUAGAAGAAGCUGUUGUGUCAGUGCCUACAAAAGAAGAACCACCCUUGAUAGAUGGCCUGGGUGUUGAAGAAGAGGAAGACAUCCCCUACUUCCAGUGCUUCUUUGUGGACGAGGACGACACACACUACCCGUUCUUCCCCUUCUCGCCGACGCAAAUGUGACACUGACCCAACAGCCCUCUGGAUGACAAACACAAACUCCUCUCAGCGCUGCGGAAUUCGCCUGAUGGUGGACGGAUGCGUCAAUAGGUCAACAGGUCACGUGAUCACAUGAUCAACCUGAUCUGUGUAUGGCUGUGUGAUCAUUGUUCUCCACACCUGGGUGUGAUCAGGUGAUGUUGUCCUUAUGCUUAACCUACAGUGGGUCAAACCACAGAUUGGUGGUAAGGACCGAAGGACAUGUGGUGAGGACCGUAUCCUCGGUACUGUACACCUUGAUUGGCUGUGUCUUCAGUACCGUACGGUACAACUCGAUACGCCCUCAACAGACCACAGCUGGCAUCAGGAGACAUCUUGGUUUUAUUUUUCAUUUCCAACAUGGUGGAAAAAUCCUGAAAAUUUCUGUUCCAGUUCAUUAAUGUCUCAUUAGUAUCUCAACAGUUUUAUGUCAAUGUUACAUGAUAGUUUUGAAACAUUAGAAUGUCCUUUUUACAAGAAAUAAACCUCAGCCACAUCUCACUCUAAUCCGUUUUGUCUUGGCAAUGGCUAAUAAGUAUAUUUUUGUUUGUUUGUUUUCUCAUGUUUCUUAUGUGCUUUUUUUAAAACCAUGGAACGUUUCAGGAAUUUCAAACACCAACAAGAUUGAAAACAUAAAAUCAAGGAACUUCCAACACCCGCCUAAAUAACAAGGCUGAGUUUCCUGGGAGGUCCUUAGGGUUGAUGGCCUCUGCUUGAUCUGUUUUUCCAACCAGAACGGAGAAAUGUGGACAGUUAACCUGAGAGCUAUCGUAGGUAUCAACCACCAUGUCAUGACUACCUGACAGCCCCUCUGGGGUUAUGAACCUUUCAUCUGUGCCCUUGCACAGAUUCAUAAGUCUUAUUUGAACAUCACGUGAUAGGUUAACUAUCAAUACGCUCCUCAUUUUGAUAGUGUGUGGCGUCAAGGCAUUCCAUAAUGUCCACCGUCAGAAUGAGGUUUUUCCUUUGAUUUGCUGUUGUCUUUGUCUCUUUCUCUUUUUUUCAAAGACAACCUUUCAAUUGACUUGAAGUUCUAUCUAACAAAAUCGUUUAUUUUUUUUUCUAGUUUUUAACUUAACAUAGGAAGCCAUGUGCGAUAUCAAUACUGUAUCAGAGGAUAUAUUUUUAGUCUUGUACAUUAAAAGUUGCUGAGAGUUAAUAAGGAUUUGGGUUACUUCAAAGUGUUUUUUAUGCCUGUAUUACCUUUAGUUGAAUACAAUAUAGCAAAUAUUUUUUUGAAAUUCUAUUACCGGUAGUUUGAAUUGGAAAAGACAGCGUUACUUUUACAACUUUAUAAACAGUGUAUAAAAAGUAUUACUACAUUAUAUUUUAGACCAAGUAUCAUCAACAGAGCAAAAACUACAUUGGACAUCCAAGCUUUUUUCUUUGUAAAAAUAUAUAUAAUAGAACAUAUUUCAUACAUUGAUAUUUUAUAUAUUAUUAUACGUUUUUAUAUAAAAUAUAACUUAUACAGAGAUGUAAUGAUAAAGAUGAAUUAUUUUGCCUUGCACCUUGUGUCUUUUAUCCAAGGAUAUGCUACUGCUAAAAGCUAGGCUUACGUCUCUGUUUCUGCUUAUAUUAAGAUCGCAUAGGAACAAUUCAUAAAUACAGUACUUUCAUGGCGUUUGAGUACUCUGGUCUUACAAUGGACAAAGUCCACCCACAAACCAGACAGCUUAUUUCUUUAUUAGCGACUAGAAGCUUGACAUGCAAAAUCUCCACAGCCAUGCUACUACCUAUGUGACACUAAUAAGUGCCUAAACAAGCAGAUAUAAUGCUAAAAGUGAAACUUGUUUUUUAUUAUUAUUUGAUUUAUUUAGAUUUUUUUAUUUCAACUGUUUCUUUUUUGUUUAACUUUUUUUAAAAACUUAUCAACGUCGAAGAGAUCGAUUAUUGAGGUCACCCAAAGUAAGCAAAGUGACAGUGAGCUCACAGUCCAGACACUGGCAUUGUCACUCUCUCUGUUGCCCUGUACAGUAUCAUAGUGUCACGUUUAUGGCAUAUUGGUGGCAAUCGGCUUGUGCUAGCUUCCCAGCCACCCUGGUGUUAUCACAUUAUAUUAAUGGGCAGUUUAGAGAGCCGCUGCCAUGAAGCCGUUUGCAUCAGCUUGACAGUGUAGGGACCACAAAGUGAGGACAAUGAUUUAACACAGGUAUUUUUCAAAAUACUUAGUGGCCAUGCAAAACUGAUCUUUCUUUUUUAUUAUUUUUACUUUUGUGUAUUGUUUUAAUUUCACAUUUAUUCUUGUUUGGUUUGUUUUGAUUUUAUGUUUUAUUGUUUUGUUUUAUUUUGUUUCAUUUAUGUUCUUUUGAGGAAAGGAGAACCGGUAUUCGGCAAUGAUCAUGCCCGGUGCACAAGUGCAAUAUUCUCAGGACGACCAGCUAGCUGUAUUUCCAUCAGACCUCACUCAGACCAAGGCUGUGUCCAUUUCAGCUCAGUUUCAAGACCGGGGUGCAUUUCUCGAAACCAUAGGUGCUAACUUCAUUAGCUACUUUGUUGUUGCGAUGCAAUUUCCCAUUGGCAACUACCCAAGUUGCUAAUUAGCUAACAACUUCGCUUUCAAGACACACACCCCAGAAUUGCUCAGAGAACAAUUCCGUGGACAACAAGCCCAGGGUGUGAUGAAAUGCCAAUAAACAGUCGAAGGAGAGGAUUGUGCACAUCCCAGGGAAAGGUGCAGGACGAAAGCCAACUGUAGUUUUCAGUGAGAACUCCGCCCAUUUAGAAUCCUUUUUGUUGUAUUUUAUUUUUUCAUG